ACAGAUGUAUACAUAAGUACCAUGGUAUUAGAAACAUCUGUAGGACUCAGUAUAUAUUUGGACUAAUUAACUUCAAUAGAUCUGAGUUAACUUCAACAAUCAGUGCAUUUAAACCAUCAACUUAAACCAUCAACCCCCAAGCUUUAUUUAAACUGAGAAAAACCAGAAAACCGUUCAUUCCUGUUGUUAAGUGAAUUGCGACCUUGGUUGACCAGUUCCCUGAAACAGAGGCACUGUGUGCGGAGUCAGGACUUGUGUUAACUAGAGAUAAGGUUUACACAGUGAAUGUGAAAUGAACGUUGAAGUAAUGUAACUUGUGAUUAAGAAAUCAGGGGCAAUGUGAGAGAAACAGGAAACAUGUGGUUGAGGAGCAGAGCAAAUGCGGAACUAAACUUGGACCUACAUGCUUUACAGCAUGUAAGGACAUGACAAGACAUUUUCGGUGGAAAGUUACAGAAAAUGAUCUAAUAUCCAAGUAUUGCUUAAUUAGUUUAUAUGGGAGCUCCGACAUCUAGCUUUUUUGGGUCACACGAGUCAUUUGAGUCCCCUUAAAUCUAUUUAAUGUCCAUAGGGCUUUCAGCCUAGCCUUUUCAUUGUUAUCCUGGAAAGUGCACAGAUGACGGGACUCUACUCCAGAACCAGCUACAAGAAGACGCCCUAACUGGUGGUGCCGGGGUAAGAGGAAGCGGGGCAGACAUGAGAGUGGAUGGAAGACAGGCGAGUUUCUCCGUCCUCAGCUUGAGUAGUGCUAUAAUUGAAUUCGGUUGGGAUACCCCAUCUUAACAGAGAUGCUGAUUCUCUGAUUUCCUGGGAUCUAACACUUUUCAGUUGACUUCACUUCAGAGGACAAGGACAAAUCUUCACUCAGAGACUAAAUGGCUUCCAGAUCAGAGGAGGAUCUCUGCUGUCCGGUCUGUCAGGAGGUCUUCAGAGAUCCUGUUCUUCUGUCAUGUAGCCACAGCUUCUGUAAAGUCUGUCUGAAGAACUGGUGGAGACAGAAUCCAUUACACGAGUGUCCAGUUUGUAAGAGAAGAUCUUCAAGAGAUGAUCCACCUUCAAACUUGGCCUUGAAGAACCUGUGUGAGUCCUUCUUACAGGAGAGAGAUCAGAGAUCUCCAGAGGCUCUCUGCAGUCUGCACUCUGAGAAACUCAGACUCUUCUGUCUGGACCAUCAGCAGCCAGUGUGUCUCGUCUGCAGAGAUUCAAGAAAACACUCCAACCACAGAUUCAGUCCCAUCGAUGAAGCUGCACAACAGCAAAAGAAGAACCUUCAGGAAACUCUGGAGCCCUUAAAGGAGAAGUUAAAGGUUUAUGAAGAAGUUAAAGUGAAGUGUGAUGAAACAGAGAAACACAUCAAGGUCCAGGCCCGACACACAGAGAGGCAGAUUAAGGAGCAGUUCAAGAAGCUUCACCAGUUUCUAGCAGAGGAAGAGGAGGCCAGGAUGGCUGCACUGAGGGAGGAAGAGGAGCAGAAGAGUCAGAUGAUGAAGGAGAAGAUGGAGGCUCUGAGCAGAGAGAUAGCAGCUCUUUCAGACACAGUCAGAGCCACAGAGGAGGAGCUGAGAGCUGAAGACGUCUCAUUCCUCAACAACUACAAGGCUGCAGUGGAAAGAGUCCAGCGCUGCCCCCUGCUGGAUGAUCCACAGCUGCCCUCAGGAGCUCUGAUAGACCAGGCCAAACAUCUGGGCAACCUGGCCUUCAACAUCUGGAACAACAUGAAGGACCUGGUCUCCUACACUCCUGUCAUUCUGGAUCCAAACACUGCUAAUCCAACACUGAUCCUGUCUGAAGAUCUGACCAGUGUGAGAGGAGGAGAUAAACAACAACUUCCUGAUAAUCCAGAGAGGAUUGAUUAUUUGUGGUCUGUCCUGGGCUCUGAGGGCUUUAACUCAGGGAAUUACAGCUGGGAUGUUGAGGUUGGAGAUAACAGAUGGUGGUUACUGGGUGUUUUAGCAGAGUCUGUCCAGAGGAAGGGAACUAUAGGAUCUGGGUUGUGGGGAAUAAGGCUCAAUGGAGGUAAAUAUAUGACAUGUUCACCUCCAGAUCCUCACACUGAUCUCCCAGUAAAUAAGUUCCAGAGGAUCAGAGUGAAUCUGGACUGGAACAGAGGAAAUCUGUCCUUCUCUGAUCUUGAUACUAACACACACAUACACACCUUCACACACACUUUCACUGAGAGGAUAUUUCCAUAUAUUGAUACUGAAGAUGAACUCCCAGUUAAGAUAUUACCAGUGAAUCAGACCAGUAUGGCUUCCAGAUCAGAGGAGGAUCUCUGCUGUCCAGUCUGUCAGGAGGUCUUCAGUGAUCCUGUUGUUCUGUCAUGUAGCCACAGCUUCUGUAAAGUCUGUCUGAAGAACUGGUGGAGAGACAAACCAUUACACCAGUGUCCAGUUUGUAAGAGAAGAUCUUCAAGAGAUGAUCCACCUGUUAGUCUGGUGUUGAGGAACUUGUGUGAGUCCUUCUUACAGGAGAGAGAUCAGAGAUCUCCAGAGGCUCUCUGCAAUCUGCACUCUGAGAAACUCAGACUCUUCUGUCUGGACCAUCAGCAGCCAGUGUGUCUCGUCUGCAGAGAUUCAGAAAAACACUCCAACCACAGAUUCAGACCCAUCGAUGAAGCUGCACCACAGUGCAAGAAGAACCUUCAGGAAACUCUGGAGCCCUUAAAGAAGAAGUUAAAGGUUUAUGAAGAAGUUAAAAUGAAGUUUGUUCAAACAGAAAAACACAUCAAGGUCCAGGCCCGAGACACAGAGAGGCAGAUUAAGGAGCAGUUCAAGAAGCUUCACCAGUUUCUAGCAGAGGAAGAGGAGGCCAGGAUGGCUGAACUGAGGGAGGAAGAGGAGCAGAAGAGUCAGAUGAUGAAGGAGAAGAUGGAGGCUCUGAGCAGAGAGAUAGCAGCUCUUUCAGACACAGUCAGAGCCACAGAGGAGGAGCUGAGAGCUGAAGACGUCUCAUUCCUCAACAACUACAAGGCUGCAGUGGAAAGAGUCCAGCGCUGCCCCCUGCUGGAUGAUCCACAGCUGCCCUCAGGAGCUCUGAUAGACCAGGCCAAACAUCUGGGCAACCUGGCCUUCAACAUCUGGAACAACAUGAAGGACCUGGUCUCCUACACUCCUGUCAUUCUGGAUCCAAACACUGCUGGAACAACACUUAUCCUGUCUGAAGAUCUGACCAGUGUGAGAGGAGGAAAUAAACAACAACUUCCUGAUAAUCCAGAGAGAUUUGAUUCUCACUGGUCUGUCCUGGGCUCUGAGGGCUUUAACUCAGGGACUCACAGCUGGGAUGUUGAGGUUGGAGAUAACACAUUCUGGAUACUGGGUGUUUUAGCAGAGUCUGUCCAGAGGAAAAGACGCAUACAAUCUGGAUUGUGGGGAAUACUGUUCAGUGGAGGUAAAUACUCAACAUGGUCACCACCAAAUCCUUCCACUGUUCUCCCAAUGAAGAAGAAGCUCCAGAGGAUCAGAGUGAAUCUGGACUGGAACAGAGGAAAUCUGUCCUUCUUUGAUCUUGAUACUAACACACACAUACACACCUUCACACACUCUUUCACUGAGAUGAUGUUUCCAUACAUAUUUAAACGGGAUAAACUCCCAGUAAAGAUUUUACCAGUGAAGGUCUCUGUGACAGUGAAUCAGAGCAGUUAGAGGUAAACAGGAUGAUUAUGUUUAAAAAGUUGGAGUGCCCUGCACAGCUCAGAUCUUUCCCCCAAGUAGGGCAUACAUGGAUGACGUGAUGACUAUGACGUCUACUGCUCCAUGUACUAGCAAACUGCUGGAUAAGUUAAACAGCAACUUGCAGUGGGCUAGGAUGAAGGUGAAGCCGAGUAAGUCUAGGAGUAUCUCAGUUGUUAAAGGAAAGGUAGUAGAUAAGAAAUUUGUUAUAAAUGAGGAGGUGAUUCCCACAGUGAUAGAGAAGCCAGUGAAGAGUCUGGGAAGGUGGUAUGACGCAAGUCUCGGCGAUGUAGCACAGUUUGAGGGAUUGAGACAAGAUUUGAUCCAAGGCAUUUCAAGCAUAGACCAGUCAGGGCUCCCAGGAAAGAUGAGAUUAUGGUGCUCGCAAUUUGGGUUAUUGCCCCGACUAAUGUGGCCACUGACAGUGUAUGAGGUCACUCUGACAAAGGUUGAGAAGCUUGAAAGGACGAUUAACUCAUUAAUUACGAGAUGGCUUGGUGUCCCAUGCUGCUUAAGCAUCACAGCCUUGUAUGGGAAAGUCAUACUGGAGCUCCCAGUAACUAGUCUAACAGAGGGGUUUAAGUGUGCUAAGGCUAGACUGGAGAUUACUCUUACUCAGUGAAAAGAUCCAGUAGUCAGGUGGACAGCCCCCACGGUUAAAACAGGGAAGAAUUGGAACCCGAGAGACACGGUUCAGGAGGCGCAGGCUGCCCUCAGGCUCAGGGAUAUCAUGUGGCAUGUGCAGCAAGGACAUGGAGGCCUGGGACUUUGUGCAGGGAAACCUCUGUGGAGUAAGGCAUCAGUAACAGAAGAGGAAGAUGGUAGUGGAGAAAAUAAAUAGACAAGAGGAAGCAACGAGAUGCACGAAGGCAGUGCAGGCUAAGCAAGGACAGUGGGUGAACUGGGAGAGUGUAGAGAAAAGGAAGGUGUGGUGGAGAGAGCUGUGGAGCAUGGAGGCUAGUAGGAUUAGAUUUAUGAUAGGGGCAGUUUAUGACGUGCUGCCAUCUCCCUAGAACCUACACCAGUGGUCAGGGGAGGAUGCUGCCUGCCCACUUUGUUCUUGUGCAUGUACGCUCAGCUACAUUUUGUCAGGUUGCAGAGUUAGUCUCUCCCAAGGUAGAUACACCUGGCACCACAACCAGGUUCUGAAAUGCUUGGCAGCUGCAAUUGAGGAAAAACAGAUUCAGCUGCGGAAAGGAAGAAUAAGCAUAUUAUGUUUGUUCAGGAGGGACUUAAGGCCAGAUCAGGAAGGCGCAGGCAUAAUACGGGGCAGCUAAGUGUGGGCGGAGCCUGGGAGCUGAGGACCGACCUAGAUGGAGCCCUGAGCGUUCCACAACAGAUAGUCGUGACCUUUAAAGGGCCGGAAGUGCUGUUGUGGUCUGAGAAAGAAAGGAUAGUGUAUUUUGUGGAAUUAACUGUCCUGUGGGAAGACAGAGUUGAAGAGACGAAUGAGCGCAAGAGAGAUAGAUAUGUGGAGUUGGCAUCGGAAGCGGAGCAGCGAGGCUGGAGUGCCCGUGUGCGCCCACUGGAGUUCGGCUGCCGUGGAUUUGUAGCGGAAUCUGCCAUUGCUCUCCUGUGUGAGUUGGGCAUUCAUGGAAAAGAACAUAAGGUUGCUGUACAGAAUAUGUCCCUGGCAGCGGAGCGAGCGAGUAAGUGAUUGUGGCUACGGAGGAAGCACGCUAGCUGGGGAGCAUGCUAUAGGUAAGGCUAGCUAUGUGCUAACAUUAGGUAGCAGUUGUAGUUAGAUUAAUCUUAUCUUUCGGUUGAAAGGCACAUGGUGGCGUGGUGGCUGCAUUGAGGGUGGUGACACUGGGACGCUGGAGCUCCCUGUUAAGCCUUCUUGAGGUGUUGUGGGCCGAACUUAACGAAACUUGUUUUCUUGUGUGUAACUUGGCAGAGGGGAGGAAGAUUGUUUGAAGCAUAGUUGCAUGUCCCAUCAUUUCUUACCUACU